AUGUCCUCGGCACUUCAGAUCAAAUACCUUUUAGAAAAUAUUAGUACUUGUCCUCAAAAUGAAAUUAAAAAGUGGUGUGAUGAUCUUAUAAACAUGUUUCCUUUAUCUUCUAAAUCUUUUAAAUCUUUUUAUCUACCUAUCUAUCUAGAUUUAAAUGGUGUUCAAAUUAGAUACACAAUCGAUACACAUUCUACACUUUUUCAACUUACACAAGAAAUUUCAAAUAGAUUUAAAUUACCACAACCAUUACAUAUUAGUUUAGGUGAUCCAAUUGAUCAUAUUUAUUUUGGAAGAAAAAUUUCAAGCUUUAUUUUGUUUCCUAAUCAAAUUAUUACGAUAAGAACAGAAAGUUUAAUAGAACCAACAAUACCAACAGAUGAGUAUAUCACUUUUCCAUGGACAGAAUAUUUUAAAACGUUUGAUAAACUUUUAUCAGAUUCCAAUGAGUAUUGCCUUCAAUUGUUGAGAACUCUUUCAAGUAUUCCUUCUGAUCAAUUUGUUUUUGAUGUAACUGAUUCCCCAUCUUGUUUAACUGCAUUGUUUUUCAAUGUAUUAAAAGAAAGGGCAAUUUCUUUAUCAGAAGAACAAUGCAUUAAUUUAAUUAAACAAACUUUUUCUUUCCCAGGUGACACUAAAUACUAUUCCAUCAUUUCUGUAUUAAGACUAUGCGUAUUCAAUAAUAUUUAUUUACCAGAAAAAUUUAUUGAAGAAAUUAAACAAUCAAUUCAAAAAGAAUCUAAAUUGUCACUAAUUCGACCAAUUUAUAUUUAUUUAGGAUGUUGUAUCAAAAAAGAUUUUCAUCAACAAGUUUAUUUACCAAAUAUUAAAGACUGUAAUGAAUUUCAAAUUAUUAGUGCUGCACAGCAUGACUUUGAGUUAAACGAUUCACAACUAUUAUCAGUUUAUCAACAAAUUACUACUUUCAUUAGUUCUCCACAAAAACGUAGUGAAUCAAUAGAGCAUUUAUUUGAAACUCCUUUAUAUUUUAUUGCUGACAACAAUACUUCUCUACCAUUUAGUGAAAAUUUUACAGUAUUUGCAUAUUUAUAUUUAUUAAAUUCUCUCAUCAAGAAAUAUGGUUUUAAGAAUGUCCCACGUACAUUGGGAGAGUAUUUAGUAUCAUUUGUACUUCCUCAAUGGAAAUCAUGCCUUGAAUCUAUUCCAGUACUUUCAUUAGGAUUUCAAUCAAUAAACCUUGCACAUCAUAUUCUUUCUUAUUCUAAUAAUCUAAAAAGUAUUAUCUCAAAAUAUUUGAUCAAAUCAUCUGAAAUUCAGUCAUCAUUAGGAAGAAUUGAAUUAACUGCAACACCUCGAUUAAUGUUAGAAAAUCCACAAUUAGAGGCAUAUAUUUAUAUUGCAUCAUUUUUAUCAAUAGAAAAUGGAGAAGAUAAUAGUCUUGUUUCUGUAAGUAAAAAAUUACUUGAAUUUCCUCCUCGGUCUAUUGAUAUAACACAAAUUAUUACAACACUACAAAUACAAGAAAAUGAUAUAGAAGGAUUAGUUAAGUUAUUAAAUACAUCAAAUAUGAAAUGUGUUUUAUUACAUUUUUCUUCCGUCCCUACAAAUAUAAUCCCAAUACUUUGUUAUAACUUUUACUUUCAAGUAUAUCCUAUUCAUCCUGAAUAUACAUAUGCACAUGGGUUUACUUCAAUUCCAAAACAUUUUGAUUUAAUUUCAACUCAUACAUUAGGUAACUUAACAUUUAGUUUAAAAGCAGUUAUUACAGUAGAAAAUAAAUUCUAUUUAAGAAAUGGAAACAAAUGGAUGUGUUUAGAAAAUGGAAUUUUAAAUGAUGUAAAUCCUAAAGUAUGGAGUAAAACUAUGAGAGAAGGGCUAUUUACUCAAGUGAUAUUGAAAGUUGAUGAUAGUACAAUACAUAAACCAACAAUCAUUGAACCAACAAUUACACAAAGUGAUAUAAGUGAUGUAUCUAUAAGAACUUCAGUAGUAAAUAUUGAAUGUAUGUCAGUAGAAGAAAAAAUAGAAUUUCUCAAGUACAUUACUUGUAGAUAUCUUGAUGUUCUUAGUUCUGAAGUUUAUUAUAAGGUGCGUGAAGAAUUGAAAAAAGAGAAUGGGAUAACUGUACUUAAAUAUAUUCUUUCUGAUAAAUUUUUAAAUUUCCUUCAACCUGGAGAAACACUUAAUGAAGUAAGAAAUGAUCUUGUUGAUUUAGUGGUAUAUUUGUUGAAGAAACUCGAUAAAGAUUCACAAAAUCUCAUUUGCCAACAUCUUAUAACAAAAAAACUCAAUACUGGAAUGUUAAGACUUUGUUCACAAUGUAUGGAUAAUGAAACAAUAAAAGAAUAUUGUUUACAACAUUUUAAUGACUUCUUUAAAUUUGAAAAAGAAGAAAAACAAUCAUUCCAACAAAUAAUAAAAGAAACAAUUAAUGAACUAGAUAGACUUGAACCAAUCUAUCGAAGUAAUGUUGAAAUUAUUAGAGCUAUGAAGAAAAGUAUUCCAGUUGAAGCAAGCCUUAUUCUUAAACGAGUCGGGAAUAAAGAAGAAAGAACAAAUAUGAUUUCUUCGUUCCGUUUCCUUCGUUUAGAUGAUUUAGAUAAAAUUAAGUUCUUAGAAUCACUUGACUUAGAUACUAUGACACCUGAAGAUUUGUCUAUCCUUCAAAAAUAUAAGAAGAAAUUAACAACUGAAAGUAAAGAAGUUUUUGAUAAAUUUGAUCAAAUAAAUAAAGUAUUAAGACAAAGAUUUGAUGCAAAAAUGUUCUAUGACUAUUGUUAUGAUGCUUUUUAUGAUGUCAUGAUGAAUUAA